UAUGAAUUAUGACUGUUAUUCAUUUUUACUAUUGAAAACUUAUGAAAUACUCUAUCGUUAUUGAAACAAAGUUUUAUCGAGAAGAUGAUAAAAAUAACAUUAUUUGUUUUCAUUGGAAUUUUCUCAUUUUCUCAAUCACAAGACCGUUUUAUGCCGAACUUGCCUAUGGGAGAAUAUCGUACAGUAUUUGAAAAAAUUCAUUUAUGUGAAUCAAUAAAAAACCAAUCAUUAUUAGCUAACUUCUAUUUUGAUAAAAAAACAUCAAGUGAAACUGUAUUAAGAGGGAAUUUGACAUUUUUGAUACCUUUUGACGAUACUCUUACAAUUGAUUUAAACUUGGAAUCUUGGGGAUCAACUGGUGGUUGGAUACCAAAUUCAAAUGUGUAUGUAACAAAAAAGGCGUGCAGUACUUUAAAAAAACUCGGUGGAAAUGCUUGGUAUACAGCUAUGAAGGGUUUUAACAUUCCAAGUACUACAUGUCCAAUAUCAGUGGGUGAAUAUAUUACAUCAGGGCUUGACUUAAAGAAAUUUGAAGAUCAUGGCUUUCCCAAAAUAUAUUUUUAUGGAAAAUAUAAACUAGUGUUUAAGAUAAAAACUACAGAAAAUAAAAUAGUUGCCUGCGUGUAUUUGGAGAUCAGUCUUUUACGACCAUGGGAAACAAAAAUUUGAAUAAGUUACACAAAUUAUUAUAAAUCUUAUAUUCACUAAAUAGAAAAAAUAACUUAUUUAUUAUACAAGCUAAUAAAAUAUUAUAAUCAGUUUCGGACAAAAUCAAUAUUGACUGUUGUUAUUUCAACACAAAUAACUGUAUAUAUUUUACUAACAAAUUCAAGUUGUGUACUUUAUUUUAUUUAAAACCAUUAU